AUGAUCCCACCCUUCGACUUCUUCGAGCAUCGCGCGGCAUGCAAGCGAAAGCAGGAUGACCGUGCCAGCCGCAUUGCAACCCUUCCCAAGCCAUACCUCUACCCUCUCUCACCGGCUGAGAAGGACAUUCUGAACGAACCGAUCGAUCAGCUGGUGCAAGAUGUACAAAGCAACAAGACCACCGCAAGCAAUGUCCUGCGAGCCUACAGCAAGGUCGCCGUCAGGGCACAAGAGAAGACAAACUGCGUCACCGAGGUGAUGGUCAAGGAAGCUCAGGCAUGGAUUGACAAUGGCGAUAUCAACUUGAAAGGACCAUUGGCUGGUCUGCCUGUCAGUCUGAAGGACAGCAUUCAGGUCGGAGGUUUCGACACCAGUGUUGGCUACUCCUGCAAUGUGGGCAAGCCGGCAUUGAAGGACGGCGCCAUCGUUCGCAUGCUCAAGGAUGCUGGAGCUGUUCCGUUCGUCAAGACGCAGUUGCCUGUCACUCUGCUGAGCUUUGAGAGCUUCAACGACGUCUGGGGACGAGCAAUGAAUCCCCACAAUACGAAGUACUCGCCUGGAGGCAGCACUGGUGGUGAGGGUGCCAUUCUGGCUUUUGGUGGAAGCAGGAUAGGCAUUGGCUCAGACGUUGCUGGAUCGGUUCGUGCGCCAGCACAUUUCUCUGGCUGCUACAGUCUUCGCUGCAGUACUGGAAGAUGGCCCAAGCUGGGCGUCAGCACCUCCAUGCCCGGCCAGGAAGGUAUCCCAUCCGUCUUCUCUCCAAUGGCUCGCACGCUUCUGGAUCUCAGCUACUUCUCCCGGUCCUUCAUUCAGAUGCAGCCCUGGAAAUACGACCCAUCUGUCCACCCACUGGCCUGGCGAACCGACGUUGAAAACGAGUACGCCGACAGGAAGAAGCUCAAGAUUGGCGUUAUGAGAACCGAUCAAGUCGUCGAUCCAGCUCCAGCUUGUGUCCGAGCCCUCGAUCUGGCCGUAAAUGCCAUGAAAGCUCAAGGUCACGAGGUCUUCGAUGUCGUUCCUCCCAGCCCAUACGAAGCCAUGGUCAUUGCAAGCAAUCUUCUCAACGCUGACGGCACCAGGACCUUCCGCUCUUACUUCCGAACCGGCGAGAGUGACGACGCUGGAGCUCGCGAGUUCGGCCGAUACAUGCGCCUGCCUCGAUUUGUCAAGUGGUUCUACUGGGCAUAUGUCAAAUACGUCAAGCGUGACUCGAUCUGGGCCGGGCUCUUGGAACACUGGCACGAGAAGUCUGCAUACGAGAACUGGCAAUGGACGGUGAAGCGUGAGCUCUACAGAGCCAAGUUCUUCGAAUGGUGGAACAGCUUUGGAUCCUUCGGCGAUGGUUUGGACUUCAUUUUGACUCCUCCCAAUGCAACCCCGGCCGUACCACACAAUGGCAUGAAGGAUGCGGCUGCAUCUUGUGGAUACACUUUCCUGUUCAACCUACUGGACUACACCUGCGGCAUCGUCCCCGUCACCCAUGUCGACCCUUCCAAGGACAUGCUCUCACCCAGUGUGAAGAUCAGCAAAAUGAACGGCGUAGCAAGAGGCGCAUACAAGCACUACGAUGCGAUCAAGAUGGCUGGUCUCCCUGUCGCUGUUCAGGUCGUUGGACGGAGACUUGAAGAGGAAAAGGUGUUGGCUUGCAUGAAGAGGCUGGAGGAUGCUCUUGAUGCGAGAGGGGAAAAGUAUGAGCUUUUGCCUGUGCCGGAGAACUAG